AUGAAGAAAUCACAUACCAUUCAACCCAAGGUCUUUGUUCAAUAUUUAACCAUGGCAGAUUUUCAAAGCUACAUCAUACUUUUCCUGGUGUGGUUUGUCUCCACCAUCUUGGUCCGAGCUAUAUUUACCAAAACUCGGACCAAACUCCGCCUUCCCCCAAGUCCACUGGCCCUUCCAAUCAUUGGACACCUUCACCUCCUUGGUCCAAUACCUCACCAAGCUUUCCAAAAACUCUCUAACCGCUAUGGACCCUUAAUUCAUCUCUACCUUGGCUCAGUCCCUUGUGUAGUUGCCUCCACACCAGAAGUGGCCAAAGAGUUUCUUAAGACACAAGAAACCUCAUUCUUAAACCGUCCUCAGAUGACUGCCGUAGACUAUCUUACUUAUGGCUCAGCUGACUUCUCCUUCACCCCAUAUGGACCUUAUUGGAAGUUCAUGAAGAAAAUUUGCAUGACUCAGCUUCUUGGUGGCCGAACACUAGAUCAGUUUCUUCCUCUUAGACGAGAAGAGAUAAAGAAGUUCUUACACUUGAUGCUAAAAAAGGCUGAUAGAAAGGAAUCGGUUGAAGUUGAGGGAGAACUAAUGAAGCUUUCCAAUAAUGUCAUAUCAAGAAUGCUUAUGGGGAAAACAUGUUCUGAGAAUGAUAAUGAAGCUGAAGAGAUUAGGAAGUUGAUAACAGAGACGGCGGAGCUUACGGGGAAAUUCAAUUUGAAGGACUAUAUUUGGUUCUGUAAGAACUUAGAUUUGCAGGGAUUUGGAAAAAGGCUUAAGAAAGUUCGUGAUAAGUUUGACUCCAUGAUGGACCAGAUCAUUCAAGAGCAUGAAGAAGCGAGGAUGAAGGAGAAUUACGGUGAUACAGUGAAGGAUUUACUUGACAUGUUACUUGAUAUAUCAGAAGACAAGAGUUCAGAGUUCAAAUUGACAAGAGAAAACAUAAAAGCAUUCAUCCUAGAUAUAUUUGCAGCUGGGUCAGACACAUCUGCACUAACCAUAGCAUGGGCUUUAUCAGAGCUAGUAAACAACCCGAAUAUCAUGAAAAAAGCGAGAGAAGAAAUGGACACUAUCGUUGGACAAACGAGAUUAGUAGAAGAGUCAGAUAUCGGUAAUCUUCCUUAUCUUCAAGCUAUAGUGAAAGAAACACUAAGGCUUCACCCAACAGGUCCGAUGGCUGUGAGAGAGUCAACUGAAAGAUGCACCAUUAAUGGCUAUGACAUUCCAGAAAAGACUCAGUUGUUUGUUAAUCUUUGGGCUAUUGGCAGAGAUGCAAAGCACUGGGAAACCCCACUUGAGUUCAAGCCAGAGAGGUUUCUUAGUGAAGAUGAGAGUGGGAAUAUCAAUCAGCUAGAUGUUAGGGGACAAAACUAUCAUUUUAUGCCAUUUGGGAGUGGAAGACGAGGGUGUCCUGGAACCUCACUUGCCAUGCUGGUUGUUCAAGCCACUCUAGCUGCAAUGAUUCAGUGCUUUGAGUGGAGAGUUGAUGGUUUUGUUGACAUGGAAGAAGGAUCUGGUUUGACCCUUCCAAGGGCUAAUCCCUUGGUAUGUCUCCCAGUUGCUAGGCUCACUUCUUUGCCAUCAUGA